AUGCAAGUGAAUACGAGUUUAUUUAUAGUGCUUUUAAGCCUUCUAUUGCAAGUGGCUCUAGGCAAUUCUACACAAUCUGAAACGGAUACUCAAAUCUCUUGGAUAGCCCAGUUAAAGCAGCUGCGACAUGAUCUGGGCCAAUGCUAUCGCACAUCAUCCAGUUUGUGGUCUUGUUUUCGAACGCGUUCCUUGAGCACCUUUGACAAAGUGAUGUCUGCAGAUGUGAUACCCCUUUACGAGGGGGUAAUACUAAAAGCCCUGCCAAAUGCCAUCAAGAUGCAAGUCCCUGAGGAUGAGAACUCGAGUAGAUCGCUUAAAUAUCACACUUGGUUUGAUCAAUUGGCAAAGAGUUUGGCCAAAGGUCUAACCACUCACACACUGCAAAUCAAUCUAGCCAAGCUCACCGAACGUUACUUGAGGAGUGAAAACGAUACACCCACAAGCAAUGUGGUGGGCAGUGCAAGGCUACGGCGACAUCGUUUCAAUAUGAUCAUCACCAUGAUGUUCGGGGUGACUGCUUUGGGUGCUGUGCUGGUGCCCAUGGGUUUUCAAAUGCUAUCCAUAGUGAGUGGCAAGGCUUUGUUGUUGGCCAAAAUGGCCCUGCUCUUGGCCUCCAUUAAUGGUCUGAAGCGGGUGGCCAAUAGUGGUCUGCAUUAUGGCCUAUAUCAUGUGCCUGGUGAACAUCUUGGCGGUUAUUAUGAUCGCAACGAUUUGAAUCAUCCACGAAAUGUGCCAAUACCCGUGGCAGUGGCUCCAUCUCUAGAUGUAGGCUUGAAAUAA